UGGAAACGAAGAAAGCGUACGUUAAGAAAAGAUGCGCAGGGAUUAUAAAAGGUCUCCAUCACCUCCCUGCGCAAAUUAGGGCUGGUCCUCGAUGAAAAUUCCGCAGUAGUUUCACACUUUACAACAAAAAUGUAUCUUGAUUGAUUGGGCAUGAAACAGCCUGUUUAUCUUGUUGGCAUGUUGGACACAGGUUUCUAAGUUGACCUCACAUAGGUUAAUGAGAAACAUGAUGUCUGAAGAGGCUGGACAGAUGCUUGUGGUUUAUGAUGAACCUUCAGAGCAACGAUCUCUGUCCUUGGAUGAUACCAGUAGCACAGAGGAAUCACCUGAUGAAACCAGACUAUCACUAGAAACUAGUAAUGAUGCAAUUCCAUAUGUUGGGCAGAGGUUUGCUACCCAUGAUGCAGCUUAUGAAUUCUACAGUGAAUUUGCAAGGCGAUGUGGAUUCUCAAUCCGCCGUCAUCGCACAGAAGGAAAAGAUGGGGUUGGCAAAGGACUCACGAGACGUUAUUUUGUCUGUCACCGAGCUGGAAAUACCCCUGUCAAAACUGCAAAUGAAAACAAGCCUCAAAGGAACAGAAAAUCCUCCCGAUGUGGGUGUCAAGCAUAUAUGAGGAUAAGCAAAACCACAGAGUUAGGGACACCAGAAUGGCGUGUCACUGGUUUUGCAAACCACCAUAAUCAUGAACUCCUAGAACCAAAUCAAGUUCGUUUCCUUCCUGCAUAUCGAACCAUAUCAGAUAUGGACAAGAGCAGAAUUCUCAUGUUUGCCAAAACAGGAAUUUCGGUGCAGCAAAUGAUGAGGCUCAUGGAGCUUGAAAAAUGCGUGGAGCCAGGAUAUUUACCAUUCACUGAGAAGGAUGUGAGGAAUUUGCUUCAGUCCUUCAGGAAAUUGGAUCCAGAGGAUGAAAGCAUAGACUUAUUAAGAAUGUGCAGAAACAUCAGAGAGAAGGACCCCAACUUUAAAUUUGAAUAUACACUUGAUUCAAACAAUAGAUUAGAGAAUAUAGCUUGGUCAUAUCCAUCAUCAAUCCAGUCAUAUGAGAUCUUUGGUGAUGCAGUGGUGUUUGAUACAACUCAUCGAUUGACUGCAUUUGACAUGCCUCUUGGGAUAUGGGUUGGAGUGAACAACUAUGGAAUGUCAUGUUUCUUCGGCUGUGUGCUUUUACGAGAGGAAAAUUUGAGGUCAUUGUCAUGGGCAUUGAAGGCAUUCUUAGGGUUUAUGAGUGGGAAGGCUCCACAAACAAUUCUAACUGACCAAAAUAUGUGCCUUAAAGAGGCAAUAGCGAUGGAGAUGCCGACAACUAAACAUGCACUUUGCAUAUGGAUGAUUGUAGCAAAGUUUCCAUCCUGGUUUAAUGCUGUUCUGGGAGAACGUUAUAAUGAGUGGAAGGCAGAAUUUCAUCGACUCUAUAAUCUGGAGUCCGUUGAGGAUUUUGAACUGGGUUGGAGGGACAUGGUUAACUCUUUUGAGCUGCAUAACAACAGGCACAUCACAAACUUGUAUGCCUUGCGGACUCUUUGGGCAUUACCAUACUUGAGAAGCCAUUUCUUUGCAGGAAUGACAGCAACUGGGCAUUCAAAAUCAAUUAAUGCCUUCAUCCAACGAUUUCUGAGUGCACAGACUCGGCUUGCACACUUUGUGGAACAAGUUGCUGUUGCUAUAGAUUUUAAAGAUCAAGCUGCCGAACAGCAAACAAUGCAGCAGAAUCUCCAAAACAUAUGUCUAAAAACAGGGGCACCAAUGGAAUCCCAUGCCGCCUCAGUCCUUACACCGUAUGCCUUCUCUAAGCUCCAGGAACAACUUGUUUUGGCUGCCCACUAUGCAUCAUUCCAGAUGGAAGAUGGCUAUCUUGUGAGACACCACACAAAACUUGAGGGAGGCCGGAAAGUAUAUUGGGUUCCUAGGGAAGGCAUCAUUAGUUGCAGUUGCCAUCAGUUUGAGUUCUCUGGAAUUCUCUGUCGACAUGCUCUCCGAGUUCUUUCCACAGGAAAUUGUUUCCAGAUUCCAGAAAGGUAUCUCCCCAUCCGUUGGCGUAAGAUCAGCAUAUCCCCAGCAAAGCCUCUUCUUAAUUCUUCAAAUGAUCAUGGAGAAAGAAUGCAGUUAUUGCAGAACAUGGUAUCAACUCUAAUAACUGAAUCGUCAAAGUCGAAAGAAAGGAUGGAUAUUGCCACGGAGCAAGUUUCGAUUCUUUUAUCUCGUAUCAGGGAGCAGCCAAUUCCAGGAUCACACGGUGUGAGAGAUAUUGCUACCAUCCAUCGAAAUCUUUAGCCUAAAAAGAAUAUUUCUUGAACAGUAGCUGCCUCAGGGGAAACAUGCCAACACUUGAAAAAAAAAGAGAGAAUUUUGGAUGCUCAUGUUAUAUAUGUGAUCAUAAUUUUGUAGCUGUGGUUCAUGCAAACAUACGAUCAUACAUGGUUUUGUAUUUUCCUGGCAUCAUUUUUCAUGGGGGGUUUUUGUGAAGUCACUGUUAAAUAUAUAAAAUAGAAAAAUGGAUUUUUGUUA